UCAUUUUAAUAAACCACAAGCCAACUCCCCCACAAACAAAAUGUUCAAAUUCUUCGCUUUGUGUUUAAUGGCUAUCGUUGCCUUGGCUGCUGCCAAACCUGGCAUUGUUGCUCCUUUGGCCUAUAGUGCUCCUUAUGUGGCUGCUGCUCCCUAUACUGCCGCUUAUAGCGCCGCCUACACCGCUCCCUAUGUUGCUGCCUCGCCCUAUGUUGCCGCUUCACCCUAUGUUGCCGCUGCUCCCUAUGCCAGCGCCUACACUUAUCCUUAUGCCGCUUCUUACUUCUUGCGUAAAUAGAUCGGAAACUUUGGAUUGUUAUUUUGAUGAACAUUUAAUGGCUAAAGUGUGUUAAACGAUUUGUGACUGAAAUAAAAUUACUCUUGCAUAGCAAGGCCAACCUAGAA